GUCUGUCAUACCAUCUUCGCUGGACUACUAAGGAAUUUCAGGUUACAUACGAUGCAACUUGGUUUUUUCACUAGGCGCUUCGUAACAAACCAAAUAAAAAGAAUGUCAAAAUCAACAGAUUCUACGAAAGAUAAACUUAUUUUUGCACCUAAUCGCUAUCAAUACUCAAAGUCAAGUCUUCAUAAGGAGGAAUUGGAGGGUAAGGACCCAUUACUCGUGUUUAAUGACUGGUUCCAUGAAGCUACCGAAGACCCGGCUAUUCAAUCUCCAGAAAGUAGUACUUUGUCUUCGGCUCGUCUUCCUUCUGGAAGAGUCUCUUCCCGUUUGGUCUUGCUGAAGGAACUGGACCGUAGAGGUUUUAUUAUAUUUACCAACUUGGGAACAUCGAAAAAAGCAGAAGACUGGAAAACAAAUCCUUAUGCCUCUCUAUCGUUUUGGUGGGAGUCCUUACAACGCCAAGUAAGAGUUGAGGGGAUGAUCGAACGUCUCAGCCGCGAGGAAACUGAAGAGUACUUCCAAACUCGGCCUCGCCUAUCUCGUAUAGGUGCAUGGGCUUCCCCUCAAAGUACUGUCAUUCAGAACCGUAAAGAAUUGGAAGAACGCGUUCAAUCAUACAAAGAAAAGUUUGGUGAAGAUGAGCCUGGUUUCAUACCUGCUCCUGAGUUUUGGGGUGGCAUUCGCAUCGUACCUUUAGAAAUUGAAUUUUGGCAAGGUGGGCAGUACCGUCUUCACGACCGCUUCUCCUUUCGUCGAGAUGAUUUGGAAAGCAACUACCAGUUGGUUCGUUUAGCCCCUUGAUUUUUAUCCUUUACAUUUGCCUUUGCCUUUGCCUUUGUUGUUUUUAUAAAAAGCUAAUUACAGCAGAAACAAUAUUUCUUUUCUUUCUGUGGAAAUGUGUAUGAAUCCUUCAAAAAUACGAUAACCACGCUUGGCUUUUACUAAUUAAGUCCAUCACAAAAUACUAGGUAUUAUGACAAGUCAUAUUAAUAUUCAAAAAGCUUUUUUCUUUAUUCUUGUAUACUUCUCAAGAGAAUUUGGCCAACAAAUUUCAAACAUUUUUUCUUUUUUUUUUAAAACCCACUUGGUUUUCUAAAGCUACAAGAAAAGCGCCAAAAAGUCUUCAAGCACUUUCAAUUAACUGAAAUUUUUUCAUAUCUUUUAAACAUAACUUUGUUGAACUUACAA